ACUGGACUGGAAAUAACUUGUCAUGGAUUUGGGCUGAAUUAAUUGGCAUGUUUACAGUUUGGACCUGUUUGCAGUGUGUGAGCAGGCUGGAAUCAGGUGAUCCAAUCUGGCAACCCGGUGUGAACGUGUGUGUGUUAUGAAAGUGAGCUGAGGUGUAGUCUGAGCUUCAUUCCUGCCUAUCACAGCGCAGAUCUCCAUUCAAUCUCCACGGGACCUGUUUGUAAAUAACUUUCUGCAGCAGCGACUGACAUUUUCUUAUCCAGAUCACCAUGGUGCAUAGGCUUAAGGCCUGAGUGCUUUAAGUCAUGGCAUUGCAGGGUGGCUCAGAUGCCCCCGCUGCGGAUGAGAGGGGCGUCCCGCUGGAUAUCGACGAUGUCCACAUACUUCUGCAAGUGGAGCAGGAGCAGGUUCAAAAGAGGACAUUUACUAACUGGAUCAAUGCUCAGCUUUCAAAGAGGAUCUGUCCCUCCUUGGUGCAGGAUCUAUUUUCAGACCUCCGUGAUGGAGAUCGAUUGCUGGACCUGCUGGAGGUCAUGAGUGGCCAGCACUUGAAACGAGAGAAAGGCCAUGGAGUUUUUCAGCAGAGGGGAAAUGUUGAAACGGCUUUAAACUUCUUAAAAAAUAAAUCAAUUAAGCUGGUGAAUAUAAACAUCCCUGAUAUCAUAGAUGGGAAACCUUCCAUUAUUUUAGGCCUCAUAUGGACCAUUAUUCUACGCUGUCAUAUUGAGGAGUUAGCCAGCACUCUCUCCUUUGGAUCCCGUUCGUCAUCUCUGGAUUCCCUGUCCAGUGUGGAUUCGGCUCCUGGAACCCCUCUUCGAGGCAGCCCUGUUCCACGGAGAGCAUCACCCCUCCAUGCACGCUUUCGCCUGUCUGCUAAAAAAGCCCUGCUCCUCUGGGUGCAAGACCAGUGCCAGAAAGUGGGCUCUUCAAUCAGUGUGAAAGAUUUCAAAUCGAGCUGGAGGAGCGGUGUUGCAUUCCAUGCUAUCCUCUGCUCCUUGAGGCCAGACCUAGUGGACUUCUCCCUAACCGAGACGAGGAGCAACCUUGAAAACUUAGAGGAGGCAUUCCGCAUAGCUCAGCAGGAUCUGGGAAUACCCAGACUGCUUGAACCUGAGGAUAUUGAUGUCAGUAACCCAGAUGAGAAGUCCAUAAUGACGUACGUAGCCCAGUUCCUGCAGUACUCCAAUGAUAUGCCUUCAGUUGAUGAUGAUCUUGAGGCAUCACCCAAUCAGAAGGUCAGAGAGAUGACUUGUUGGCUUCAGCGAACCUAUCAAGAAUUGUUGGAUGUGUGGUCCUCCACAGAGAAAGAGGGGUAUAGCAGACGGUAUAAGGCAUUCCAGACAUUUGUGGGGUCAUUCUAUGAGCAGAGGCGUCCAGUGAUUCCAAUGCUGAGUGCAAUGAAACGUAGCACCAAACUCAGCAAGGAGCAGGUUGCCUUAAGACAGGCUUGGGACAAUAUGGAAGGCAGGUUGCAUAGAUACAGAACUGAGCUGGAUGUAGCUUUGCCUGCUCCUUUACACACUUUGGCUCAGUGGCUACAGAGAAUGGAAGCAGUACUGGCUGAGGAACAAGGUGAUGCUGAUGACCACGCAAGUGCCGCCCGAAAUGUCAAAGACAAGCAAGAGCAGCUCAAGGCAUUAAUGGUGGACAUGAGUGGCCAUUUGGAUACACUUCAUUUGUUCCACAACACAGAUGAUGAUGGUUCCUCUCAGAUUCCUGCUGAAAAACUUGAUGAACUCAAGAGACGUUUCACCAAUGCCAGAGUGACAGCAAAGUACCAUGGCAUCAAGUUGGAGUACUUGGAGCACUGGCACCGCGUCUGUGAGCUUUUAAGCCAUCUCAAGAGCAAGCUGAAUACCUGGAGAGGACCGUAUGGCUCUCAGGAGUCUGUGCUGUCCCUGCUUCAGGACUGGGAUGAUACCAUAGAGAAGCAAGGCCUGGUGUCCAUCUUGAAAGCAACACUCCACAAGCUGAAAGAGACUGCUAGCACAUACACUGGCAAGGCAGCCCUGUCAGAGGACUCUGGGACAGUGAACAGACAGGUGAAGGAGGCUGAGAGUGAAGUGGCAGUGAGCACAGAAGAAGCAGACACUUUAAGGGGCACUUUGGACCGUGUACUGGCGGCAUGGGAGUUAUACAAACACCGCUUACACCUACUACAGGUCUUCUUGGGCCAAUCACAGGCAGGGAACAAGCAGGUCCCUGAUAACCUGUCAGAAUGGAGCUCUCUCCAGGCCCAGCUGAAUGAAACAGGAAACUUUUUGAUUGAGAUGACGGACAGCUCCACCAGCUCCUCUCUAGCAAAUGAGCUUGGUAAACUUAACAGAAGAUGGGCAGAUUUCAUCAAGCAGACCAAGUUUGCGGUGCCAUCGCAGCAGGUUAGCAGCACAGCCCCGUGUGCUCAGGCCGCACAAUGCCUAGUGCAGGAGGCCGGUUGGACACUGAGAGAGGCCAUGGAGGUGUCCUCUGAAACACUGCACGCAUACAGGAAGAGACUGCAGGCCAUGGUAAAGAAAAUUUCAGCCUUAGACCUGGACCUAUUAUCUCCAUCUCCAGGAUUUACUGAAGAGACACUGCAGAAGCUGAAACACACACUUCCAGAGAUGAGGCAGGCUCUGAGCGAGGCAGAUAAGGCAUGUGGGGGGCUGCAGAAGACAGCAUCUCAGCUGGAGGGUAGACUUGCUGAGUUGGAUCACUGGAGCAUGGAGGCCAUGGAAGUUUGCCAACAUUUGAGAGAAUGGCAACACAGGGGCCACCUAGGGCCUCACCCUAGAGCCAAAUCACUUCUUAGCAGAGGGCUGCAGCUGGAGGCACAGUUGGUGACGGAAGGACAGGAUCUGCAAGCUUUGCUGGAAAAACUGCAAGAGAACUCCACCCUGCCCUUUCUCAGUGUGCAUGCCCUACAGGGCAGAGUGAAGCACACUGCAAAAAACUCUAAGGAGAUCAUCGAGAUGCUUACUCCUAUAGGACUAAAGCGUGAGGGAGAGACUGAAGCUGAUCAACCACCUCCAAAAGUUAUUGUUCGUGCUUACAAUGUACCAGAGCCCCAAGCAGGAACCUUCCAUGAAUAUGAAACUCAUGCCUCCAAACCUAAGAAACCCUCACAGAAGACACGAACACAAUCUCAGCACCAACAGAGUCCUGGCUGUUCUCGCCAUACAGCCAAAACUGGCAUUAAAUCCCAGGUGCUUUUGCAGGCUGAUCCUCAAUAUCAGCCACAUGGUCAGCAUAGUGUCCUGCUGAGAGCUGAAGACAUAGAGAUCAUACAGAACCUGCCAUAUCCCCCUGGAAAAGAGAUGCAGAUGGAGCUUCAAACUGAGGAUCAGGAGUUAACUGUACACCCGAGUCAAACCAGGACCAGGACGUCAUCAGAAUGGCCUCAGCAGUUAUCAGAGUCAUCCAGCAGCACUGUCAUUAAGUCAGUUACCUUACACCGACAGCAUCCUGCCUCUGAAUCUAAAGCCAAGUGUCAAGCUGUAAGUGUUAACCCACAACAGCAUUAUGGGCUCCUGGCCAAGGCUCAUAGCCUUCCUCAGUCCCUGGAGACAUCACACACACAUGUCAAGACACCAGCACAGGCUCAAAUUCAGCUGCACGCACAGGGAGACGCACAGAGACACACCCAGCUUGCUAUAUCACCCCACACUCCACAACAAGCCCAGGCUUUGCCCAAAGUUCUUAUCACAGGCAUACAUCAGAGACAACAAGGCCAAGGUAAUGCCCCAAAUCCUCGCCACGUCCCUGGGCAGAGUGAGGUGUUUUCCCGAGCUCAGGCUAUGGCUGAGAGCAGGAUGAACAAGGCCAAACAGCAUCUGAAUCAACACAUAGAGGAGGUCAUCACCAUAUUCAGCAACAGAAUCAUAUCUAAAGAGCAGGCCAGGAGGAAGCAGGGUGCAUUACGAAGACUUAAUCCAACAGUGCUAGAUGAAUUCCUGGGAGCUGUGGAAGCCCUAGGGGCAUUUUGUUCUGAAGCCCAGAUCCAAGACCUGGAAAAACUUUCUCUGUCUGUCAGAGCCCAGUGGGAGGAUGUCUGUUCAGCAAUAGAGUCCUUUCUGCCUGAGUUGUGGCGAGAGGUUGAGCGAAGGCAGUCAAUUAAUGUGGCUCUUGUGAGGCAUGGCAUAGACACUAACACAGAAAUCCCAGCCUGUGAUCCAGACAAAGUGUGCUGUGAACAGGUACCUCUAACACCACACUCCCUUAUCUGCAUAACCCUGUAUGUAUGCAUGGCUACAAAUAUUCACCCCCACUACCUCUCCCUGCUUAUUGAUUUAGUAGGAGUACAUGCCAAAAAAUGCAUAUUUCAUAAUGUAUAUAUUGUGCUAUGCUCCUAUCUCCAGGCAUGUUCCUUAGUAGUUGAGCCUCAAGAGCGUCUGAAUGCACUUUCUCAGCUCAGUUAUACUCUGAGAUCCCCAGCAAGCUCCUCUGUGACCACCACCCAGUUGACAGAGUGUGAUGGCAAACUGGAGACUGUCCACUACCAAGUUAUUCCAAGCAGCAACAUACCACCUUGGCAGCACCGCAGGGAGGGAGCACUGAGGAGAGAGCCUGAGCUGCCUGCUGACCAAACACUAAGCCAGGCUUAUUCACAGGCCAUUUUACAUACUGACCGUGUGGAGACCAAACAGACAGCAGAGAGGACGGUCAUCCACACUGUGGAAAAACCGGAAGUGGAGGAAUCCCUACAGGAAGUGGGGGAAUCCCUACAGGAAACUCACAACAGUUACACGGCUUCCCGCUCAGCAUUCAAGCAGCAGCUGCAGAAAAACAGUGAGCAGCUGAGUGCAGAUUUCUUUACAGGCUCCUGCCUCUCACCUGUCACCAUGAACAAACACCUCCAAGAUCUCCAGGUCCUGAGGCAACAGACGGAAGUUUUAUGGUUUGAAUUUGAGCUCCAGAGCUCUUCACACAUGGAGAGUGGCAACAGGGUUGAAACAGACAGGGUAGAGCUCAUUGAGCAGUGGAGGGGACAGCAGAUCUGCCUUCAUGCCAGGAUGAGGUCACUCAAGCGUGCUUUGGAGUUGUUAGAGCCAACUGAUAUUCGUAUCAAACGGAUCUCUGAUCAGCUGGACCAGAACGUUAUAAAAACUUUGGACAUCACAAGCUUUGCCCCCGCUGAUCUUAGAGCAAUAUAUGGAGACGCAAAGCUGGUGGGGGAGAACAUUCAAAGAGAACUAACGCUCCUUUCUGAGAUGGAGAGUAAGGUGGCCAUCUCUGCAGACCUGACUGAGACUGAGCUUCAAGCCCAGCUGCCUCUACAGCAGAUCAUCCAGAGCUGUACACAGCGCCUGCAACUGCUGAAUCAUAGACUGGCUGGAACACAGUCAGUGCUCGGUGCUCUGGAACGCUUCCUGAGUAGUUUACACCAGCUGAACGAUGAGGUUUCCACAGCUGACGGUACAUCUCCAUUAACAGCAGCACUGGACUCCACGUCCAGACUGGCAUCCAUCAGGGAGAAGCUUCAGCAUGCUACAGAAGAAGCUGCACAGAUUGAUUGUAUGCUCAAGGAUGCUGGGAUGAGUGUGACUCUGGACAAGAAACCAGGCUGCUGUCAGGAUUUGGUGGCCAGGUGUGCAAUAAAGAUCAAGGCUCUGGAAAGUAGAGGAGUGCAGAGCAGCAAAGAAGAGGAGAACAGGGCGCGGGUGCUGAGGAAGAAGAGGAAAGCCCUGCAGGUCACACUGAAUGAGUUGCAGAGAUCAGUGGAAAGACAGAGCCUGAAGGAGCCCACUCUUCCUGCCCUUCAGCACAGAUUGCGAUGUUUGUCAGACAUGGAGAGUAAACUAGCUGCUGUGCACUCAGACAUCCGGAAUCUGCGGGACACAUCUGCUCAGGCAAACACUUCAGAGGAAGGCUUCAGAGAGCUGGAGGACCAGUGGGAGGAGAUCCACAAAACACUCAGUGAAAGUCAAGAGGAAUGUCUUUCCCUGACCGAGUUGCUGAAAAGGUUUCAGAGCUGCCGUACCCAUCUUAACAACACCCUGCUGAUUAGCGAGCAGACUAUAAGUGAGCAGGCCUCCUAUAUGGGCAAAGAAAAUCUUCAACGUCUCAUCUCCAGGGUAAACAGCAUUAAAUCAGACCUGAGUGCUCUUGGAGAUGGUGUGGAGGAGUUUAGAGCUGUGUGCAGACAGCUGCACUCUCAGAUCCGAAAUAUCCCAGACUGUCCAGAUGCUCCAUUCGAGAGUGAGGCGGAUGCACUCAUGGACCGCUGGCUAGAUGUGAGUGAGAGGACAGACUGCCACUUUGAGAAUCUGCAGAUUGGGCUCUCGCUGUGGGAUAAACUUCUCUUGUUGGCUAGGGAGGUGGAACUCUGGACUAACAACAAACUGAGGACAUUUGCACAGUCAUACUCAUUUCAGACAGAACAGGAGGUUCUUGAUAUGCAGGAGGAGUUGAGGAAACAGGAGGAAAAUGUGGAACAUAUCCAUCGCCGGUCGGCCGAGAUCAAGGAGAUUCUGCACAGCAGUGAACCCCCCCUGGAGCUACAGGUGAUUGAGAGUCAGCUGAGGAAGAGAAUGGAGGAAGUGAAGGAGCUCUUCACUGAAACGAGUGAUGUCUUUAGAGAGCUGGGGGCUGCCAAGGCUCAGCUGACAGCUAGGAUGACAGAGUGCGUGUCUUCCAUACAGAUGAUAAAUGAUGCCCUGAGCACACUUGCUGCAUCUGAGGGCCCUCAGCUCAUCCGGGAUAUCCAGGUCUUAUCAGAGAAACUACAGCUAGAAACUGAGCAGGCAGACACUCUGCUGCAUCAGGUUGCCUUGUUGGCCAAUGUGGCCAGACCAGAGAGCUUGUUGUCUCUUAUUGAGGAUGGGGCUCAGCUGCAGGAAAACAUAUCUGCCAUCAAACACAUGAUCAUUCUGAAGAGAGAAGAAGCAGAGAGCCUUAAUAAGACACAACAGGUCAAAUAUGCUCAAGUCACAGAGUCAGAGGAUCUUCAUUCCCAAGUCACAGUCCAGAAGGUCCAAGAUCCUCCACCAAAGAAACAUGAUGUCAGCAACAGUCAGGGACAGCAGGGUCAAUCUUCAUCUCACAUCUAUCCCAAAGCAAAACAGUUACAUGAAGAUGUAGCAGACCGUGAACACUUGCUUAAAGAUUUAGAGAACUUCAGACACCUGGCAGAAAUGACAGAAGAAUGGCUUAAAAGAUUACAGCAGUCGAUUGACACUCAGGAAACAGAUACUCAGAACAUCCCUGCUACAACUGAGGAGAGACUGCAGGAACUGCAGGUGGUGUUGGACCUGAGGGCUGAAGGAGACAGCAGGUUGGAGAAGCUGAAGGUCAGAGGUCAGUCACUCCUCCAGAGACACAGUGAGAGAGGGGGAAGAGACUUACAGGAUGUCCUAUGCAUACUUAGGGAUGCGGAGUGCCAGUGGGAUUCUGUGUUGCAGUCUGCAGUUAAGCAGUACAGAUUUCUACAGGGUGUUAUGGAGCCCUUUUCCUCCAUUCAGCACCAGCGACAACUGGAAGGUCAGACAGCCCUGUCUCAGGAUGUUCAGACUCUGCUCAAUAAGCCGACAACGCUUGAGAAGUCCAUUCACAAACAGCUUGAUCAUUUACAAAGCCAAAAGGCCAGAGAAACGGGUUUUGAAAUGGUUGCUCACACUAUAGAGGAUGGCAGUGAAAGAAGAGAUACCAGAAUUACACCUAAUCAAGUUAGCAAAAUGGAACAGCAUAUGAAAUGUUCAUCAAGUCAAACUGAGCAUCUCCUGAACAUCAUGAAAGACAUGACAGAUUAUGGACAGUCCACUGAGCUAAGUAGCUUGCCCACUGGUGCAGAUCGUCAACACACAGCUGCUGCUCCUAAACCUGUGUUUAACAUUGUUCUGCAAACUGAACUUUCUACAUCCAAUAAAGAAAGUUCACUGUUCGAUUCUGUAGAUUCUAUUUCUCAACAAAAUGUAACCAAGCCUAUUUCAUUUAUUGCUAUACAUUAUGAUGAGGCAACUAAAAAACAAGAGGAAAUUGUUAAACACAGUAAUGACAUUACUCUAGAGGGAAUGCAGUCAUCCUCACGUACAGAAUCAAUUCAUACCAGAAGUUCUCUUUCUCCACUCAAAAUCAUUGUUGGUGCAGAGAGUUCCUCUGGAGAUGCAGAUGUGUCAAGUCAACAGACUUCUACAUUACACAUGGACAGUGACAAGCGAAGUAGUACUGAGACUGCAAAAGUUUGUAAAACUGUUCUGGAUAUUGAUCACUCUAUACUGAAACCUCAUGGGCAGCAGUCAGUGGAGUCUCCCAAAGCUGGAGAUACCAAUGUGCUCAGUUCUGACAUGCCCACUGACAAUGCAAUAGACUCUAAAUCAAGAACAACAAACAGUGAAGAGGAUCUUGUGAAGUCACUGGACUGUCUAGAGGAAAUCCAGCCAACCUCCCUUACAGAAUCAGUGCAAACAGGUCAGCCUGAAAAUGCUUAUUUUCAACAAAUCCAAACCCCUGUUUGUGCAGGAAGUUCCACUGGAGAUGCAGAUUUGUCAAGUCAAAAAGCUUUGAUGUUAUCUGUCAGGCAUAUUACAGACAUGGAUGUGCUGCAAAAUCAGGAAGUUGAUACAAUGACAGAGAUUAAUGCUAGAUCUGUUUCCUACCAAAAAUCUCCUGCAUCUCCAGAUCAGCACCAACAACAGGGACAGGAAAGAGCAAUUCCAAAUGACAGAAAUGAACCAGAUACUGAACAGGCAAAAUCAGAAGAAGACUCUUUUGGGUUCAGACAGGGAACUGAACACACACAAGGAGAAGUUGAUUUUUCACAUACUGCAGUAGCAGAUGUUCAUGAAAAUACUACAACAGAAACUGACUUGUCGAAUCAGACACCUGUUGUAACCCAGCCUGAUUCCUGUAUGGUACACAUGGACAGUGACAACCAAUGUAGUGUUGGUGCUGCAAAAGUUUAUACCACGAUUCUGGAUGUUCUUCAACCUGUAUUAAAACCUGAGACGCACCAGUCAGCUGAUGAUAAAGAAAUUGGUACUGAAAAGUCUACUGCUAAAUCAGAGGACUUUAAAUCAGAAAGAACAAAAUAUAAUGAGGCUCUUAUGCAGUCACUGGACAUUCUAGAGGAAAUGGAGUCAACCAUACAGACAGAAUCAGUGCAAACAAGUCAGACUGAAAAUGCUGGUCUUCAACCCCAUGUCCAAACCCCUGCUGGUAAAGACGAUUCAUGUAGAGAUGUAGAUGUGUCACAUCAUCAAACUUCUACAUCAUCAGACAGAGAUUCUAUAAUGGCAGAUGUGCUGGAAAAUCAGAAGGUUCAUACAAAGGAACCUAAUGCACUAUCAAUUUCCUAUCAGCACAAUACUGGAUCUAUAGAUCGGGGCAGAAAAGAGAGACAACUGAGAGCGAUUGGAAAUGACAAAAGCACAAAUGAACUGGACACUAAACAGGCCAAAGCAGAAGAUGGCCAUUGUUCCAAGCAUUCCAGUUCUAUUAAGAAAAGAAAGAAGAAAAAGAGGGUGCUGAACACAGAUCAGAUAGUUACUAAAGAAGACCAGAAGAGUGAAACAACAAUCUCCAAACAAAUGAGUGAAGGCAGAUCUAUGCAUCAUCAGACAACUAGCACAAGGCACCUUGAUGCCACAGACACAACACAGGGUGCAUUCACAGAAGAGGAUGUGCUGCAAAAUCAGGGAGUUGAUACAACAAAAGAUCUUGAAGGCAGGAGUGUUUCUUACCAGCUACACACUGUAUCUAUAGAUUGUGGCACAGAAGACAGACAAGAGACAGCAAACCCAAUUGCCAAAAGCACAAAUGACCCAGAAACUGAACAGCCAAAAGCAGAAGAGGACACCCUCAAGUUCAGACAAGAAAUUGAAUCCACACACACACAAAGUGAUAUUUCACAUGGUCCAGUACCAGAGGUUCUUCAAAUUUCUAGAACAGAAAUAGACCAGAGAGCGGCAAAUACAGAAGAAGAUUAUAUUACAUUCAGACAGGGAACUGAACCCACAGACAGAGAAGCUGGUGUUUCUCAUGGUCCAGUAUCACAAGUUCUUGAAAUAUCUACAACAGAAAUUGACUUGUCGAAUCAGACACCUGAUGGAGCCCAGCCUGAAUCUAGGACACUACACAUGGUCAGUGACAACCAAAGUAGCACAGGGAUUGCAACAGUCUGUCAAUCCAUUCUGAAUGUUGAUCAACCCACACUGAAACCUGAUGGGCAACAGUCAGUGGAGUCUCCCAAAGCUGGAGAUACCAAUGUGCUCAGUUCUGUCAGUCCCACUGACAAUGCAACAGACUCUAAAUUAAGAACAACAAAAAGUGAAGAGGAUCUUGUGAAGUCACUGGACUGUCUAGAGGAAAUGCAGUUAUCCUCACUUAUAGAAUCGGUGCAACCAAGACAAGCUGAAAAUGUUUGUCCUCAGCAAGUCCAAAACCCUGCUGAUGUAGAAGAUUCCUGUGGAGAUGUAGAUGUGUCACAUCAUCAAGCUUCUACAUUAUCAGACAGAGAUUCUAUAGAGUCAAUUGUUGUGCAAAACCAGGCAGUUCAUACAAAAGAUCCUGAUGCCAUAACCAUUUACUAUCAAGAACAUGCUGUGUCUGUAGUUCAGGACAGAGAAGAGAGACAACAGACAUCAACUGGAAAUGACAAAAGCACAAAAGAACCAGACACUGAACAGGUCAAAGAAAAAGAUAGCCAUCGUUCCAAGCAUUCCGUUUCUGUUAAAAAAAGAAAGAAGAACAAGGGGUUGCUGAACACGGAUCAGACAGUUACUAAAGAAGACAGCAAGAUUGAAACAACAAUCUCCAAACAAACGAGUGAACGCAGCCCUCUGCAUCAUCAGACAACUAGCGCAAGGCAUCUCGAUGCCAAAGUCACAACACAGGGUGCAUUCACAGAAGAGGAUGUGCUGCAAAAUCAGGGAGUUGAUACAACAAAAGAUCUUGAAGGCAGGGGUGUUUCUUACCAGCUACACACUGUAUCUAUAGAUUGUGGCACAGAAGACAGACAAGAGACAGCAAACCCAAUUGCCAAAAGCACAAAUGACCCAGAAACUGAACAGCCAAAUGCAGAAGAGGACACCCUCAAGUUCAGACAAGAAAUUGAAUCCACACACACACAAAGUGAUAUUUCACAUGGUCCAGUACCAGAGGUUCUUCAAAUUUCUAGAACAGAAAUAGACCAGAGAGCGGCAAAUACAGAAGAAGAUUAUAUUACAUUCAGACAGGGAACCGAACCCACACACAGAGAAGCUGGUGUUUCUCAUGGUCCAGUAUCACAAGUUCUUGAAAUAUCUACAACAGAAAUUGACUUGUCGAAUCAGACACCUGAUGCAGCCCAGCCUGAAUUUAGGACACUACACAUGGACAGUGACAACCAAAGUAGCACAGGGAUUGCAACAGUCUGUCAAUCCAUUCUGGAUGUUGAUCAAUCCACACUGAAACCUGAUGGGCAACAGUCAGUGGAGUCUCCCAAAGCUGGAGAUACCAAUGUGCUCAGUUCUGUCAGUCCCACUGACAGUGCAACAGACUCUAAAUCAAGAACAACAAAAAGUGAAGAGGAUCUUGUGAAGUCACUGGACUGUCUAGAGGAAAUCCAACCGACCUCACUUACAGAAUCAGUGCAAACAGGUCAGCCUGAAAAUGCUUAUUCCCAACAACUCCAAACCCCUGUUUUUGCAGGAAGUUCCACUGGAGAUGCAGAUUUGUCAAGUCAAAAAGCUUUGAUGUUAUCUGUCAGGCAUAUUACAGACAUGGAUGUGCUGCAAAAUCAGGAAGUUGCUACAAGAUCGGAGAUUAAUGCUAGAUCUGUUUCCUACCAAAAAUCUCCUGCAUCUCCAGAUCAGCACCAACAACAGGGACAGGAAAGAGCAAUUCCAAAUGACAGAAAUGAACCAGAUACUGAACAGGCAAAAUCAGAAGACUCUAUUGGGCUCAGACAGGGAACUGAACACACACAAGGAGAAGUUGAUUUUUCACAUACUGCAGUAGCAGAUGUUCAUGAAAAUACUACAACAGAAACUGACUUGUCUAAUCAGACACCUGUUGCAACCCAGCCUGAUUCCUGUAUGGUACACAUGGACAGUGACAACCAAUGUAGUCCUGGUACUUCAAAGGUUUAUACCAUCAUUCUGGAUGUUGAUCAACCUGUAUUAAAACCUGAGACGCACCAGUCAGCUGAUGAUAAUGGAUUUGGUCCUGAAAAGUCUACUGCUAAAUCAGUGGACUUUAAAUCAGAAAGAGGAAAAAGUAAUGAGGCUCUUGUGGAGUCACUGGACAGUCUAGAGGAAAUGCAAUUAACCUCACUUACAGAAUCGGUGCAACCAAGACAAGCUGAAAAUGUUUGUCCUCAGCAAGUCCAAAUCCCUGCUGAUGUAGAAGAUUCCUGUGGAGAUGUAGAUGUGUCACAUCUUCAAGCUUCUGCAUUAUCAGACAGAGAUUCUUUAGAGGUAGUUGUUGUGCAAAACCAGGCAAUUCAUGCAAAAGAUCCUGAUGCCAUAACCAUUUCCUAUCAAGAACAUGCUGUGUCUGUAGUUCAGGACAGAGAAGAGAGACAACAGACAUCAAUUGGAAAUGACAAAAGCACAAAAGAACCGGACACUGAACAGGUCAAAGAAAAAGAUAGCCAUCGUUCCAAGCAUUCCGUUUCUGUUAAAAAAAGAAAGAAGAACAAGGGGUUGCUGAACACGGAUCAGACAGUUACUAAAGAAGACAGCAAGAUUGAAACAACAAUCUCCAAACAAACGAGUGAACGCAGCCCUCUGCAUCAUCAGACAACUAGCGCAAGGCAUCUCGAUGCCAAAGUCACAACACAGGGUGCAUUCACAGAAGAGGAUGUGCUGCAAAAUCAGGGAGUUGAUACAACAAAAGAUCUUGAAGGCAGGAGUGUUUCUUACCAGCUACACACUGUAUCUAUAGAUUGUGGCACAGAAGACAGACAAGAGACAGCAAACCCAAUUGCCAAAAGCACAAAUGACCCAGAAACUGAACAGCCAAAAGCAGAAGAGGACACCCUCAAGUUCAGACAAGAAAUUGAAUCCACACACACACAAAGUGAUAUUUCACAUGGUCCAGUACCAGAGGUUCUUCAAAUUUCUAGAACAGAAAUAGACCAGAGAGCGGCAAAUACAGAAGAAGAUUAUAUUACAUUCAGACAGGGAACUGAACCCACACACAGAGAAGCUGGUGUUUCUCAUGGUCCAGUAUCACAAGUUCUUGAAAUAUCUGCAACAGAAAUUGACUUGUCGAAUCAGACACCUGAUGCAGCCCAGCCUGAAUCUAGGACACUACACAUGGACAGUGACAACCAAAGUAGCACAGGGAUUGCAACAGUCUGUCAAUCCAUUCUGGAUGUUGAUCAACCCACACUGAAACCUGAUGGGCAACAGUCAGUGGAGUCUCCCAAAGCUGGAGAUACCAAUGUGCUCAGUUCUGUCAGUCCCAUUGACAAUGCCACAGACUCUAAAUCAAGAACAACAGAAAGUGAAGAGGAUCUUGUGAAAUCACUGGACUGUCUAGAGGAAAUCCAACUGACCUCACUUACAGAAUCAGUGCAAACAGGUCAGCCUGAAAAUGCUUAUUCUCAACAACUCCAAACCCCUGUUUGUGCAGGAAGUUCCACUGGAGAUGCAGAUUUGUCAAGUCAAAAAGCUUUGAUGUUAUCUGUCAGGCAUAUUACAGACAUGGAUGUGCUGCAAAAUCAGGAAGUUGCUACAAGAUCGGAGAUUAAUGCUAGAUCUGUUUCCUACCAAAAAUCUCCUGCAUCUCCAGAUCAGCACCAACAACAGGGACAGGAAAGAGCAAUUCCAAAUGACAGAAAUGAACCAGAUACUGAACAGGCAAAAUCAGAAGACUCUAUUGGGCUCAGACAGGGAACUGAACACACACAAGGAGAAGUUGAUUUUUCACAUACUGCAGUAGCAGAGGUUCAUGAAAAUACUACAACAGAAACUGACUUGUCUAAUCAGACACCUGUUGCAACCCAGCCUGAUUCCUGUAUGGUACACAUGGACAGUGACAACCAAUGUAGUCCUGGUACUUCAAAGGUUUAUACCAUCAUUCUGGAUGUUGAUCAACCUGUAUUAAAACCUGAGACGCACCAGUCAGCUGAUGAUAAUGGAUUUGGUCCUGAAAAGUCUACUGCUAAAUCAGUGGACUUUAAAUCAGAAAGAGGAAAAAGUAAUGAGGCUCUUGUGGAGUCACUGGACAGUCUAGAGGAAAUGCAAUUAACCUCACUUACAGAAUCGGUGCAACCAAGACAAGCUGAAAAUGUUUGUCCUCAGCAAGUCCAAAUCCCUGCUGAUGUAGAAGAUUCCUGUGGAGAUGUAGAUGUGUCACAUCUUCAAGCUUCUGCAUUAUCAGACAGAGAUUCUUUAGAGGUAGUUGUUGUGCAAAACCAGGCAAUUCAUGCAAAAGAUCCUGAUGCCAUAACCAUUUCCUAUCAAGAACAUGCUGUGUCUGUAGUUCAGGACAGAGAAGAGAGACAACAGACAUCAAUUGGAAAUGACAAAAGCACAAAAGAACCGGACACUGAACAGGUCAAAGAAAAAGAUAGCCAUCGUUCCAAGCAUUCCGUUUCUGUUAAAAAAAGAAAGAAGAACAAGGGGUUGCUGAACACGGAUCAGACAGUUACUAAAGAAGACAGCAAGAUUGAAACAACAAUCUCCAAACAAACGAGUGAACGCAGCCCUCUGCAUCAUCAGACAACUAGCGCAAGGCAUCUCGAUGCCAAAGUCACAACACAGGGUGCAUUCACAGAAGAGGAUGUGCUGCAAAAUCAGGGAGUUGAUACAACAAAAGAUCUUGAAGGCAGGAGUGUUUCUUACCAGCUACACACUGUAUCUAUAGAUUGUGGCACAGAAGACAGACAAGAGACAGCAAACCCAAUUGCCAAAAGCACAAAUGACCCAGAAACUGAACAGCCAAAAGCAGAAGAGGACACCCUCAAGUUCAGACAAGAAAUUGAAUCCACACACACACAAAGUGAUAUUUCACAUGGUCCAGUACCAGAGGUUCUUCAAAUUUCUAGAACAGAAAUAGACCAGAGAGCGGCAAAUACAGAAGAAGAUUAUAUUACAUUCAGACAGGGAACUGAACCCACACACAGAGAAGCUGGUGUUUCUCAUGGUCCAGUAUCACAAGUUCUUGAAAUAUCUGCAACAGAAAUUGACUUGUCGAAUCAGACACCUGAUGCAGCCCAGCCUGAAUCUAGGACACUACACAUGGACAGUGACAACCAAAGUAGCACAGGGAUUGCAACAGUCUGUCAAUCCAUUCUGGAUGUUGAUCAACCCACACUGAAACCUGAUGGGCAACAGUCAGUGGAGUCUCCCAAAGCUGGAGAUACCAAUGUGCUCAGUUCUGUCAGUCCCACUGACAGUGCAACAGACUCUAAAUCAAGAACAACAAAAAGUGAAGAGGAUCUUGUGAAGUCACUGGACUGUCUAGAGGAAAUCCAACCGACCUCACUUACAGAAUCAGUGCAAACAGGUCAGCCUGAAAAUGCUUAUUCCCAACAACUCCAAACCCCUGUUUUUGCAGGAAGUUCCACUGGAGAUGCAGAUUUGUCAAGUCAAAAAGCUUUGAUGUUAUCUGUCAGGCAUAUUACAGACAUGGAUGUGCUGCAAAAUCAGGAAGUUGCUACAAGAUCGGAGAUUAAUGCUAGAUCUGUUUCCUACCAAAAAUCUCCUGCAUCUCCAGAUCAGCACCAACAACAGGGACAGGAAAGAGCAAUUCCAAAUGACAGAAAUGAACCAGAUACUGAACAGGCAAAAUCAGAAGACUCUAUUGGGCUCAGACAGGGAACUGAACACACACAAGGAGAAGUUGAUUUUUCACAUACUGCAGUAGCAGAUGUUCAUGAAAAUACUACAACAGAAACUGACUUGUCUAAUCAGACACCUGUUGCAACCCAGCCUGAUUCCUGUAUGGUACACAUGGACAGUGACAACCAAUGUAGUCCUGGUACUUCAAAGGUUUAUACCAUCAUUCUGGAUGUUGAUCAACCUGUAUUAAAACCUGAGACGCACCAGUCAGCUGAUGAUAAUGGAUUUGGUCCUGAAAAGUCUACUGCUAAAUCAGUGGACUUUAAAUCAGAAAGAGGAAAAAGUAAUGAGGCUCUUGUGGAGUCACUGGACAGUCUAGAGGAAAUGCAAUUAACCUCACUUACAGAAUCGGUGCAACCAAGACAAGCUGAAAAUGUUUGUCCUCAGCAAGUCCAAAUCCCUGCUGAUGUAGAAGAUUCCUGUGGAGAUGUAGAUGUGUCACAUCUUCAAGCUUCUGCAUUAUCAGACAGAGAUUCUUUAGAGGUAGUUGUUGUGCAAAACCAGGCAAUUCAUGCAAAAGAUCCUGAUGCCAUAACCAUUUCCUAUCAAGAACAUGCUGUGUCUGUAGUUCAGGACAGAGAAGAGAGACAACAGACAUCAAUUGGAAAUGACAAAAGCACAAAAGAACCGGACACUGAACAGGUCAAAGAAAAAGAUAGCCAUCGUUCCAAGCAUUCCGUUUCUGUUAAAAAAAGAAAGAAGAACAAGGGGUUGCUGAACACGGAUCAGACAGUUACUAAAGAAGACAGCAAGAUUGAAACAACAAUCUCCAAACAAACGAGUGAACGCAGCCCUCUGCAUCAUCAGACAACUAGCGCAAGGCAUCUCGAUGCCAAAGUCACAACACAGGGUGCAUUCACAGAAGAGGAUGUGCUGCAAAAUCAGGGAGUUGAUACAACAAAAGAUCUUGAAGGCAGGAGUGUUUCUUACCAGCUACACACUGUAUCUAUAGAUUGUGGCACAGAAGACAGACAAGAGACAGCAAACCCAAUUGCCAAAAGCACAAAUGACCCAGAAACUGAACAGCCAAAAGCAGAAGAGGACACCCUCAAGUUCAGACAAGAAAUUGAAUCCACACACACACAAAGUGAUAUUUCACAUGGUCCAGUACCAGAGGUUCUUCAAAUUUCUAGAACAGAAAUAGACCAGAGAGCGGCAAAUACAGAAGAAGAUUAUAUUACAUUCAGACAGGGAACUGAACCCACACACAGAGAAGCUGGUGUUUCUCAUGGUCCAGUAUCACAAGUUCUUGAAAUAUCUGCAACAGAAAUUGACUUGUCGAAUCAGACACCUGAUGCAGCCCAGCCUGAAUCUAGGACACUACACAUGGACAGUGACAACCAAAGUAGCACAGGGAUUGCAACAGUCUGUCAAUCCAUUCUGGAUGUUGAUCAACCCACACUGAAACCUGAUGGGCAACAGUCAGUGGAGUCUCCCAAAGCUGGAGAUACCAAUGUGCUCAGUUCUGUCAGUCCCAUUGACAAUGCCACAGACUCUAAAUCAAGAACAACAGAAAGUGAAGAGGAUCUUGUGAAAUCACUGGACUGUCUAGAGGAAAUCCAACUGACCUCACUUACAGAAUCAGUGCAAACAGGUCAGCCUGAAAAUGCUUAUUCUCAACAACUCCAAACCCCUGUUUGUGCAGGAAGUUCCACUGGAGAUGCAGAUUUGUCAAGUCAAAAAGCUUUGAUGUUAUCUGUCAGGCAUAUUACAGACAUGGAUGUGCUGCAAAAUCAGGAAGUUGCUACAAGAUCGGAGAUUAAUGCUAGAUCUGUUUCCUACCAAAAAUCUCCUGCAUCUCCAGAUCAGCACCAACAACAGGGACAGGAAAGAGCAAUUCCAAAUGACAGAAAUGAACCAGAUACUGAACAGGCAAAAUCAGAAGACUCUAUUGGGCUCAGACAGGGAACUGAACACACACAAGGAGAAGUUGAUUUUUCACAUACUGCAGUAGCAGAGGUUCAUGAAAAUACUACAACAGAAACUGACUUGUCUAAUCAGACACCUGUUGCAACCCAGCCUGAUUCCUGUAUGGUACACAUGGACAGUGACAACCAAUGUAGUCCUGGUACUUCAAAGGUUUAUACCAUCAUUCUGGAUGUUGAUCAACCUGUAUUAAAACCUGAGACGCACCAGUCAGCUGAUGAUAAUGGAUUUGGUCCUGAAAAGUCUACUGCUAAACCAGUGGACUUUAAAUCAGAAAGAGGAAAAAGUAAUGAGGCUCUUGUGGAGUCACUGGACAGUCUAGAGGAAAUGCAAUUAACCUCACUUACAGAAUCGGUGCAACCAAGACAAGCUGAAAAUGUUUGUCCUCAGCAAGUCCAAAACCCUGCUGAUGUAGAAGAUUCCUGUGGAGAUGUAGAUGUGUCACAUCUUCAAGCUUCUGCAUUAUCAGACAGAGAUUCUUUAGAGGUAGUUGUUGUGCAAAACCAGGCAAUUCAUGCAAAAGAUCCUGAUGCCAUAACCAUUUCCUAUCAAGAACAUGCUGUGUCUGUAGUUCAGGACAGAGAAGAGAGACAACAGACAUCAAUUGGAAAUGACAAAAGCACAAAAGAACCGGACACUGAACAGGUCAAAGAAAAAGAUAGCCAUCGUUCCAAGCAUUCCGUUUCUGUUAAAAAAAGAAAGAAGAACAAGGGGUUGCUGAACACGGAUCAGACAGUUACUAAAGAAGACAGCAAGAUUGAAACAACCAUCUCCAAACAAAUGAGUGAACGCAGCCCUCUGCAUCAUCAGACAACUAGCGCAAGGCAUCUCGAUGCCAAAGACACAACACAGGGUGCAUUCACAGAAGAGGAUGUGCUGCAAAAUCAGGGAGUUGAUACAACAAAAGAUCUUGAAGGCAAGAGUGUUUCUUACCAGCUACACACUGUAUCUAUAGAUUGUGACACAGAAGACAGACAAGAGACAGCAAACCCAACUGCCAAAAGCACAAAUGACCCAGAAACUGAACAGCCAAAAGCAGAAGAGGACACCCUCAAGUUCAGACAAGAAAUUGAAUCCACACACACACAAAGUGAUAUUUCACAUGGUCCAGUACCAGAGGUUCUUCAAAUUUCUAGAACAGAAAUAGACCAGAUAGCAGCAAAUACAGAAGAAAAUUGUAAUACAUUCAGACAGGGAACUGAACCCACACGCAGAGAAGCUGGUGUUUCUCAUGGUCCAGUAUCACAAGUUCUUGAAAUGUCUACAACAGGAAUUGACUUGUCAAAUCAGACACCUGAUGGAGCCCAGCCUGAAUCUAGGACACUACACAUGGACAAUGACAACCAAAGUAGCACAGGGAUUGCAACAGUCUGUCAAUCCAUUCUGGAUGUUGAUCAACCCACACUGAAACCUGAUGGGCAACAGUCAGUGGAGUCUCCCAAAGCUGGAGAUACCAAUGUGCUCAGUUCUAUCAGUCCCACUGACAAUGCCACAGACUCUAAAUCAAGAACAACAGAAAGUGAAGAGGAUCUUGUGAAGUCUCUGGACUGUCUAGAGGAAGUCCAACUGACCUCACUUACAGAAUCAGUGCAAACAGGUCAGCCUGAAAAUGCUUAUUCUCAACAACUCCAAACCCCUAUUUGUGCAGAAAGUUCCACUGGAGAUGCAGAUUUGUCAAGUCAAAAAGCUUUGAUGUUAUCUGUCAGGCAUAUUACAGACAUGGAUGUGCUGCAAAAUCAGGAAGUUGCUACAAGAUCGGAGAUUAAUGCUAGAUCUGUUUCCUACCAAAAAUCUCCUGCAUCUCCAGAUCAGCACCAACAACAGGGACAGGAAAGAGCAAUUCCAAAUGACAGAAAUGAACCAGAUACUGAACAGGCAAAAUCAGAAGACUCUAUUGGGCUCAGACAGGGAACUGAACACACACAAGGAGAAGUUGAUUUUUCACAUACUGCAGUAGCAGAGGUUCAUGAAAAUACUACAACAGAAACUGACUUGUCUAAUCAGACACCUGUUGCAACCCAGCCUGAUUCCUGUAUGGUACACAUGGACAGUGACAACCAAUGUAGUCCUGGUACUUCAAAGGUUUAUACCAUCAUUCUGGAUGUUGAUCAACCUGUAUUAAAACCUGAGACGCACCAGUCAGCUGAUGAUAAUGGAUUUGGUCCUGAAAAGUCUACUGCUAAAUCAGUGGACUUUAAAUCAGAAAGAGGAAAAAGUAAUGAGGUUCUUGUGGAGUCACUGGACAGUCUAGAGGAAAUGCAGUUAACCUCACUUACAGAAUCGGUGCAACCAAGACAAGCUGAAAAUGUUUGUCCCCAGCAAGUCCAAAACCCUGCUGAUGUAGAAGAUUCCUGUGGAGAUGUAGAUGUGUCACAUCUUCAAGCUUCUGCAUUAUCAGACAGAGAUUCUUUAGAGGUAGUUGUUGUGCAAAACCAGGCAAUUCAUGCAAAAGAUCCUGAUGCCAUAACCAUUUCCUAUCAAGAACAUGCUGUGUCUGUAGUUCAGGACAGAGAAGAGAGACAACAGACAUCAAUUGGAAAUGACAAAAGCACAAAAGAACCGGACACUGAACAGGUCAAAGAAAAAGAUAGCCAUCGUUCCAAGCAUUCCGUUUCUGUUAAAAAAAGAAAGAAGAACAAGGGGUUGCUGAACACGAAUCAGACAGUUACUAAAGAAGACAGCAAGAUUGAAACAACCACCUCCAAACAAAUGAGUGAACGCAGCCCUCUGCAUCAUCAGACAACUAGCGCAAGGCAUCUCGAUGCCAAAGACACAUCACAGGGUGUAUUCACAGAAGAGGAUGUGCUGCAAAAUCAGGGAGUUGAUACAACAAAAGAUCUUGAAGGCAGGAGUGUUUCUUACCAACUACAGACUAUAUCUACAGAUUGUGACACAGAAGACAGACAAGAGACAGCAAACCCAACUGCCAAAAGCACAAAUGACCCAGAAACUGAACAACCAAAAGCAGAAGAGGACACCCUCAAGUUCAGACAAGAAAUUGAAUCCACACACACACAAAGUGAUAUUUCACAUGGUCCAGUACCAGAGGUUCUUCAAAUUUCUAGAACAGAAAUAGACCAGAUAGCAGCAAAUACAGAAGAAGAUUGUAAUACAUUCAGACAGGGAACCGAACCCACACACAGAGAAGCUGGUGUUUCUCAUGGUCCAGUAUCACAAGUUCUUGAAAUGUCUACAACAGAAAUUGACUUGUCGAAUCAGACACUUGAUGCAGCCCAGCCUGAAUCUGGGACACUAAACAUGGACAGUGACAACCAAAGUAGCACAGGGAUUGCAACAGUCUGUCAAUCCAUUCUGGAUGUUGAUCAACCCACACUGAAACCUGAUGGGCAACAGUCAGUGGAGUCUCCCAAAGCUGGAGAUACCAAUGUGCUCAGUUCUGUCAGUCCCACUGACAAUGCCAUAGACUCUAAAUCAAGAACAACAGAAAGUGAAGAGGAUCUUGUGAAGUCUCUGGACUGUCUAGAGGAAAUCCAACUGACCUCACUUACAGAAUCAGUGCAAACAGGUCAGCCUGAAAAUGCUUAUUCUCAACAACUCCAAACCCCUGUUUGUGCAGGAAGUUCUACUGGAGAUGCAGAUUUGUCGAGUCAAAAAGCUUUGAUGUUAUCUGUCAGGCAUAUUACAGACAUGGAUGUGCUGCAAAAUCAGGAAGUUGAUACAAUGACAGAGAUUAAUGCUAGAUCUGUUUCCUACCAAAAAUCUCCCGCAUCUCCGGAUCAACACCAACAACAGGGACAGGAAAGAGCAAUUCCAAAUGACAGAAAUGAACCAGAUACUGAACAGGUAAAAUCAGAAGAAGACUCUAUUGGGUUCAGACAGGGGACUGAACACACACAAGGAGAAGUUGAUUUUUCACAUGUUGCAGUAGCAGAGGUUCAUGAAAAUACUACAACAGAAACUGACUUGUCUAAUCAGACACCUGUUGCAACCCAGCCUGAUUCCUGUAUGGUACACAUGGACAGUGACAACCAAUGUAGUCCUGGUACUUCAAAAGUUUAUACCAUCAUUCUGGAUGUUGAUCAACCUGUAUUAAAACCUGAGACGCACCAGUCAGCUGAUGAUAAUGGAUUUGGUCCUGAAAAGUCUACUGCUAAAUCAGUGGACUUUAAAUCAGAAAGAGGAAAAAGUAAUGAGGCUCUUGUGGAGUCACUGGACAGUCUAGAGGAAAUGCAAUUAACCUCACUUACAGAAUCGGUGCAACCAAGACAAGCUGAAAAUGUUUGUCCUCAGCAAGUCCAAAACCCUGCUGAUGUAGAAGAUUCCUGUGGAGAUGUAGAUGUGUCACAUCUUCAAGCUUCUGCAUUAUCAGACAGAGAUUCUUUAGAGGUAGUUGUUGUGCAAAACCAGGCAGUUCAUGCAAAAGAUCCUGAUGCCAUAACCAUUUCCUAUCAAGAACAUGCUGUGUCUGUAGUUCAGGACAGAGAAGAGAGACAACAGACAUCAAUUGGAAAUGACAAAAGCACAAAAGAACCGGACACUGAACAGGUCAAAGAAAAAGACAGCCAUCGUUCCAAGCAUUCCGUUUCUGUUAAAAAAAGAAAGAAGAACAAGGUGUUGCUGAACACGAAUCAGACAGUUACUAAAGAAGACAGCAAGAUUGAAACAACCACCUCCAAACAAAUGAGUGAACGCAGCCCUCUGCAUCAUCAGACAACUAGCGCAAGGCAUCUCGAUGCCAAAGACACAACACAGGGUGUAUUCACAGAAGAGGAUGUGCUGCAAAAUCAGGGUGUUGAUACAACAAAAGAUCUUGAAGGCAGGAGUGUUUCUUACCAACUACAGACUACAUCUACAGAUUGUGACACAGAAGACAGACAAGAGACAGCAAACCCAAUUGCCAAAAGCACAAAUGACCCAGAAACUGAACAGCCAAAAGCAGAAGAGGACACCCUCAAGUUCAGACAAGAAAUUGAAUCCACACACACACAAAGUGAUAUUUCACAUGGUCCAGUACCAGAGGUUCUUCAAAUUUCUAGAACAGAAAUAGACCAGAUAGCAGCAAAUACAGAAGAAGAUUGUAAUACAUUCAGACAGGGAACUGAACCCACAGACAGAGAAGCUGGUGUUUCUCAUGGUCCAGUAUCACAAGUUCUUGAAAUGUCUGCAACAGAAAUUGACUUGUCGAAUCAGACACCUGAUGCAGCCCAGCCUGAAUCUAGGACACUACACAUGGACAGUGACAACCAAAGUAGCACAGGGAUUGCAACAGUCUGUCAAUCCAUUCUGGAUGUUGAUCAACCCACACUGAAACCUGAUGGGCAACAGUCAGUGGAGUCUCCCAAAGCUGGAGAUACCAAUGUGCUCAGUUCUGUCAAUCCCACUGACAAUGCCACAGACUCUAAAUCAAGAACAACAGAAAGUGUAGAGGAUCUUGUGAAGUCACUGGACUGUCUAGAGGAAAUCCAACUGACCUCACUUACAGAAUCAGUGCAAACAGGUCAGCCUGAAAAUUCUUAUUCUCAACAACUCCAAUCCUCUGUUUUUGCUGAACAUUACACUGGAGAUGCAGAUUUGAUAAGUCCUCAAGCUUCUAAAUUUUCCAAAAAGGAUAUGACGGACAUGAAUGUGCUGCAAAAUCAGGAACUUAACACAACAAAAUUGAUUAAUUCCAAAUCUGUUUCCUACCAACAAAACACUGUAUCUGUAGAUCAGGACAGAGAGGACAGACAAGAGACCACAAACCUAGAUGACAACACUGAGCCAGACAAUGAAGACGCAAAAUCAGAACAUGAUUAUAUAUCCAGACUGGGAACUGAUACAGCACACAGAGACACUGAUAUUUCACGUUGUCCAGUUACAGAGGUUCUUCAGUCAGAAACUGACUUGUCAAAUCAGAUACCUGAUGCAAACAAGUUUGAAUCUAAUAUGCCAUGCAUGAAGAGUGAAACUGAAAGUAGACCUGGGACUGAUAAUGUCUGUUCUAUCAUUCUGGAUGUUGAUCUGCCCAUGCUGAAACCUGACGGGCAGGAGUCUAUGGAGUUUCCUAAAGCUGGAGAUGCUAAUGAAUUCAGUUCAAAUUCCACUGCUAAUGCAAACUACUCUAAAUCAGGAACAACAAAAAGCAAGGAGGAUCUUAUGAAGUCAUUAGACAGUGUUGUAGAAAGUCGGACUGGAAAUGAUCAUUCACAAUCCCAAACCUCUGUAGAUCCAGAAAGUUCCUUUGGAGAUGCAAAUGUGUCAGGUGAUCAAGAUUGUAUGGUGCUAUGCAAGGAUAUUACAGAAGUACAUGUUCUGCAUACUGAGGGUGUUGUUACAAUAGAAGAGCAUGACGCCACUAGUAAAAUUAUUAGGGCGACGAAAAAUUAUUUGGGUGGGGAAGACUGGCAAGAAACCAAAAAUAUAAAUGAAGCGCACACUGAACUAGCAAAAGGAGGAGAUAAUGAGUGUCUGAAGCUUUCCAGUGCUAUAAAGGGAAAGAAGAAGAAGAGGUCUUCAAACUCAGAUCAGACAAAUGAUGAUGAAGAAAAAAGGAAGACUGAGACAUCUAGUUCCAAACAAAUGAGUGAAGCCAGCUUUCUGCAUUAUCAGACAACUACCACAAGGCAUGCAAAUGCCCCUGACACAACACUGAGCACAUCCACAGAAUAUAUUCAGAAAGAUACUCCCAAAUCAAUGCAUGUCUUUAGUUUAGAUGGGAACGCGGUGGAUGCUAUAGAAAUCAGAGAUGACUUGGAUUCCCCAGAGAAUACAGAUAGACAGCUGAGUGAUACAAGUACUGCCCUUGUAUGUACUAGCCAUGCCAGUGCCAUAGGCAGUCAUUCUACUUAUAUAAAAUCAACAGACUUUAAGUGCACCAUUGAGAAGCAAGUUCCUAAUUCAGGGGACAUUUCAGAGACAUCCAGAACUGAGACUGAGUCAACGAUAACCACUGCAGUACCAUUACAGCUUGAGUUCAGCAUCCAUGCAAAAGCAGGCUCAAAGGAGCAGGCUGAGGAUCCGGAUAGCAGUGACUGCUUACAGCCAAAAGAAAUGUCCAAAGCCAAUACAAAGGUGUCUGGAAGUGAAGGAGAUGAAUGUGAACAUUUCAAGGACAACAGCAAGAAAACGAGGACAGCAAACCAGCCUGCCCAAGCAUCAGCACUGGACACCUUAUUGGAUAUCAGCACAAAUGUUCACACUGUAAUGGAUACCUGUGAUGUUCCCACAGGAUAUAAGCCUAGGGAGGUAACCUCGCUUCUAGAGUCACCACUUACAGAAUUGGAGAACCAACUAGGAAGGGCUGUUCUUAGGAUUCUGAAAUGUCGAUAUCAGCCAGCCCAGCUUAGCACUGAACUAAUGAGCAAGCAGCUUCAGGAAGCAGAGAGCUGUAGACAGUAUGUUGGGGAGCAGUUGGCUUCACAGUCUCAAUGUGGAGGCUCUGGUUUCUCCCAGGUUAACCAAAGUAUGGUGGAGAAAUGGAGUUCAGCAAUGUUGGAUGCUACAGCCACAGUACAGGUUAAAGAGGCCCAGCUCCAACAGGUCACAAAAUAUCACCAACAAAUACAGGCCCUCCAAGAUGUACUUCAGGAACUGGAGGAAGAGUUGGAGUCACUGAGCCUAGUUUCUUUGGAAAGCAGUGCUGUUCAAGCAAAAAACCUGUGUGCAUUUCUCGAGCACAUGAAGCAGAAGAAGAGCAUGCUGGAAGAACUGAUGACCACAUGUUGCCAUGUGUCACCCUAUUUAGGAGAGGCUGAUGGUCCAGUGGCAUGCCUCAUCCAGGUUAAGAAUUUGCAGAAAAAGUGGCAGAUUUUGGAGUGGACAGCAGAGAGAAGCUUAAGGCAUGCCAACCACUGUAUGUCAGAAGUGUCUAUACUAAUGAAGGAUGCUAAGGCCCUUCUGGUUGAAGUAGAGUUUCUGCACACAGCUUCUUUCUCACCUUCGACACAGAUAAAAGACUGCCAAAGGGCAAUACACAAUAUGAUAACAUUCUUUCAGUUUAUGGAAAUAAAUGAACGAUACCUGUACCUCCAUGAGCUCUCACAGGCUCUUUUCCAGUGUCCACUAGGGGAGAAAGAGAAGGAAGACAUUAGCAAUGUUUUCCAAAAUCUGAAAGCUCAAUUGGAUUGUGCUCAGGAGAAACUUUGUAUUGAUGCUACCUGUCCCAGAGACCACUUACUGGCAGAAAUCACUGAUACUAUGAAAAGCUGGUUUGCUUGGGCAACACAAACAGAGAGCACAAUCACCAGGAAAAAGAAGUUAUCUCUUUUUCCUGAGGAAGCCAGUCAGCAGGUUAACAGCAUGAAAAAAUUGCAGUCAGAAAUAUCCUCCAGGCAAUUAAAAUUGCCCUCUGUGGUUAUGAAAAUAAAACAGGAGAUUGCAGGACUUAGCCAGGUGGAGCCUUCUCUUAUGUUAUCUGCACUCCAGACCUUAGAGAACAUCUACAGUAAGAUCUCAGAGAAGGCAGAGCGUGUUUGUGCAGAUCUGAACCAAAUGUUGCAUGCUAGACAGAGACUGGACAUUCAGAUUACAGAUAAUAGCACAUGGCUGGCCUCACUCUUCGAGAAAGAGUCCAAUAAAGCUGCAGCAAUCCUGCUUGGAAGCUCUAUCACAGACUUGCGAGUCUGCCAUCAAAAGCACAAAGCUACUUUAAAAGAAGCUGAGAAGCGGCUAUCUACCAUUCAGACACUUCUGGAUAACACAAAGGACAUGAUUCAUGAUCUUAGUAUUAUAGACAGUUUCCAUCUUAUCAACAGACUUACCACCUUACAAGAAGAGAUCAAUGGGGUUCUAAAAUAUAAGCGAACCACAUGUUGGGAACUAGAGGAGAUCUUGCAUGCCCAGGAAUCUUCCACAGAAGAAUUUGCUACCAUCCAGAAGAGUUUACGUCAAAUAAAAACUGACCUUGAGAAGCAAAGAUAUCCUGUAACACGAGACUCACUUGCUGCUUUUGACCCUAUAAGACGUAUGCUGAUGGAUCAUCUUUCUCAAGUGCUGGAAGUUCCGCAUUGCCAGGAGAACCAGAGGAAAGAACUUCUACGGACCAUUCUGAACUUACAGGAGAACAUGAGGGUGCUGGAUUGGCAGAGCAUGGAACAUGAAGAAUAUCUGACAUCCAAAAAGCAUUUGGGAACCCACUUUGAGGCAGUGAAGAUGAGAGUUCUUGAGAUGUCAGAUAGCAGCAGAAAUACUGAUAAACGACUCCUUAUGGCUCAAACCCUGCUAGUGAAGAUACCCCUGGUGAAGAUAUCCUUACAGAAGACAGCAGCGCAACUGGAGGCAAUUUCUGGUGACCUCUUCCCAUCACAGUUGAACUCAGAGAGGCAAAAGAUUCGCAGCAUGCUGCAAAGUCUUACUGCCUGGGAAAGUAUUGUUAGCAGUGAUGUUAAAAACCAGGAGGAUUCCCUAUUUACUAGCAGCCUUAACAAUCUAAGGGACUUGACUCCAUUAACUGAACACUUUAUGAGAGUUGAAGAACUGCUAAAGCAGAACAGCUGCUUGGAUCCAAGUGACCAGGCCAUUACCAUAGCACUACAAACAUGCUUGACACUUGAGAGGUCAGUGGCAUCUGGACUGCGAAUUUUGGAGAGCUGCAAAGACUGUACAGCUAUUGAAGGCCAUGGAAAAACCACCAACAUAGGAAGAAGAAUUUUGAAAGACUGUAAAAUGCAGAUGGAAAACCUUCUCGAGGCUAAGGAGGCCCUGAAAGAAUAUCACAGUGCUGUCCGACGAGCUGUUGGUUUCCUUCAACAGAUUGAAACUAAACUCUUGGUUCCAUCUGCCAGCUUCAAAGACUCUAAAGAAGAAUUUAACUGUACUGAACAACUUAAAACUAGUCUGACUAAAGGAUUCCAGGAUCACAUGAAUGAAUUACAGGCCAUAUUGCCCUCACAAGCAUGUUUUUCUCCGCAAACUAAGAAGCUCCAUAUCCAGGUUGUCAGCUACCUCCACGUGACUGAUGCCAAAUUGGAAGCACAAGCUCAGCUCAAAUUGGAAGCCCUUCAGAGGUACUUAAUGGAACAGGCCACCUACACUAAACAGCAUGAUGACAUGAACUGCCUUCUUCGAAACUUUGAUUUCCAACUUUCAGACAGCUUCAGUCACAAACCGAUUUCUGUAGAUGAGUGCAAAGACCAGCUUGAAAAAAUCAACGCGCUUCAGGAGGAGCUAGUUAACAUGGGUACAAGGCUGGAGGAGCUGAAAGACAAAUGCCCAUUGCUGAACUGUAAUGUAGGUGCAGAGAAGACACUGGGACAACUACAGAGGCAUUGGGCCUUGCUGCAGCAGCGGCUGGACACACUCAAAUCCAGAGUAGCCCAUACAGAAACACAGUGGAAGGAAAUUAUGUUAAGAACCAAGAGAUCCAGGGACGCUCUUGAUCAUCUUCAACAUAGCAUCUCUGAGAUCUCCAAAAUGAAGGGAUCUCUCGGGAAGCUUCAAGAGAUCCUGGGACAAACCGAACACCUCCAAAAUGAACUGGACCAAGAGCGACUCAUUUUAGUCUCUCUUCAACGCUAUGCAUCACGACUGCUGAGUGCCUCAAACCUUCAUAAGACGCCUAGUCAGAUAAACCAGGAACUGCAAUCACUUCUGAGUCGUUGUCGAAGCUUAAGAGAACAGAGCAGUGAGGUGAGACAUGACCUGCUGUCUGAGAUCCAGGAGUGCGGUCGCUCUCAGGAGGAAUUGAAGGGAUUGCAGCAGAGCGUUCUCUCUCUGCUGUCUGUCCUGCAGGGCCAGUCAGAUCCCAGUCAUAUACGGGAGGUUAGAGCAGAGGUAGACUCUAUGAAAGUCAGACUGCAGGACAUUAUGGACAGGGUGAGGAUGAGGAUGAGGAACAGUGACCCACCUCAAGAGAUCCAGAAUCUAUAUGACCAAGUCACUCUGUCCCUGAAGGAAAUUAAGGACAAGGUGGGACAGGCUAUGGAGAGGAGUGGCUCUCUUCAGAAAAUGAAUGAGCAUGUGUACAAAGUGACUGAGGGUUUAAGCCACGUCAAGGCCUUGCUGCAGCAGAAGAGUCCCACUGUAAAAGAAGCUGAGAGCAUACUGAAGCGGGUAUGGGAUGAAUUGGACCAGUGGCACUCACGGAUCACUGAACUAGAGGCAGAGGUUCAGGAGCUGGCUGAGGAGCAGCCUGAGAGAGCUCACAUACUGAUGGAUGAACUCACCGAACCCCUGCAGCUCUACCAGGCUGUAGCCAAGCAGGCAGAGCAGAGGACUGCCUUCAUUAACACAAUCCCUACAUGCCUCCAAGAGUAUGAGGACAUUCUGCGUAACUCUACAUGCUGGCUGGCUGAGACUCAGUCCUGGCUAAAGACUCCUCAGACCUACACGACUGCCAAAUGUCUGCACAGCCAUGCCAACUCCCUACAGAUGAUGCUGGAUGAGUCAGAAGGUAUGCAAAGGACUCUGGAGGCUUUUGGGCCUUCACUCCAGGAGAUAUCAGCUGUAUAUGACACCAGUACUGAGGAGCAGAAUCUUUUCCAAAUCCGCACCAACAUUAGCCACAUGCAGCGCAGUGUUCUCGAGCCACUUUCUCAGCUCCAGCAUGCAGCAGCAGAGAUGGAUGCAAUUGAAGCAGAGGUGAAGAUGAUGGAGAAGAGUAUCAUGAAGAUCAGAAGCAUCUUAUCUACUGUAGAGACAGAGCACAUACCCCCAGAGGAGCAUCUUCUAAACAGACAGGUAAUCCUAGAAAACCUGCAAGCCAUGCAAAGGACCUUAGCUGAGAUUGAGAGGUGCAGGGAUGGCCUGGGUCUGCCUACAGGAGCCGAACUUAGUCUCUCAGUCUUCCACAGAGCCGAGCAGCUUCAUCCCCAUAUCCAUGAGCUCCAGCAGCUCACUGAGGAGCAAAGCACUGCAUUCAGGGCUGCUAUUGGUCACUCUGUGGAUCUUAUCUCUCCCACUGAUGGAGGAAUGGUGUCCAGUCUUGCCCUUCACUGCUCUGAGGAUGUGAUGCAGGUGCCUAUGGACACAACAUACUCAAAGGAAGAGGAUGAUGAUGAUUAUGAGGAUGAAGGCAGUCACUCUUCGUCCUCUGAGACUCUCACUUGCAGUGGUCCAGAGGACCCAGAUGAAAUUUCAUUGGGUGAAGAUCCUGGUGAAACCAGUGCUACCACUGUAGUCCAAGUGUCUGUCACUAAGGAAUCUUUACUUGGAGCAACAGAAAGGCCAGUGGAGACCAAACUAGAAAGUGUUACUUUACUCACACAGCGUCAAACUAUUUCAAAUACAACAAACAGCAGGUCAGCUGAUGAUGAUACAGCUCAUGUACCUGUGAUAACUCCAGAGAUGUUAUUACCACUAACAGUUGAUCCUGCUGUGCAACUUAAAAUACCAACCAAAGAAACUGAGGACAUUAAAUAUACAGAAACAACAGAGAUGCCAGAAGGAGUGACACAUAAAAAUGAACUACAACCAGAGCAGAUAGGGACAUCUGCUGUAAAGCAUGGACCGGUUUGUAAAAACGACAAUGUUGUGGACAUGAGGACUGAGUCCGGCAUUCACGAAAUAUUAACUGAGCAAGUCGAAGAGUCCAGAUCCAAACCUACUGAGGAAGAAAACAUUAUAUGUGUGGACCAUAAGGCAGUUGAGACUACAGUCUCUACACUGGACACAGACACUGUAUCUCAGAAGGACAAAGCACUGGACUCAGAUGAGUCUCCAGUGGAUGAAGCUCCUGCUGAAACCACCGCUGCCACUGUGGUCCAAACAUCUGUCACUAAGGACUCUCCUCCUAAAGAAAUCGAAAAGUCAAUGGAGUCUGUACCUUUGAAAACUGAGACUAAACCUGAAAAUGGUACUUCAUCUAGACAUGAGUCAGUUGCUAAAGAUGCUGGUCCUGUAUCUGCCACUGUUUGUCCACAAUAUCUUGAUGCAUCAAUACCUCUGACAACUGAUCCUGCUGUGCAACUUAACAUACCAACUCAAAUAACUGGUAAAGAGACUGAGGAAACACUGAAGGACAUCAAACCAGCACUAAAACCAGAGCAGACUGGGGCAUCUACUGUCACACCUGGACUAGUUAGUAAAGACAAGGAGAUUGUAGACAUGGAGUCAGACCUUCAGGAAAUGUUGGAAGAGUCCAAAUUCAAACCUAUAGAGAAAGAAUCUGCAGUCAGUGAAGACCAACAGAGAGCUGUCUCCUUCUUGGCUGCAGUGCCAAUAUUGGACACAAACACUAGUCCUCCGGAGGAUACAGUGCUGCAGGAGGUGCAGAAGGAGCUACAAGAGCAGAGAGAUCUGAUAGAGGACAUUGCUCGCCAGAGCAGUAGCUCUGAUCUGGAGCAGGAGAACCAGACACAGUCUCAGAAACCAACAGGAUCCAUUGGUGGGAGUCUGUAUGUUCCUCAGCAGCCAGCGGAGAUGGAAGUGACCUGGGUCCAGCUUCUUCCGAGACUAGACCUUCUGCUUGACUCAAUAAACACUGAGCAGGACAGAACUAGAUCAGAGGUGAAAAGUAUAGCUGAGGAUGAAGUGGUUAGUGAUGCUGGAUCUUCUAUCACCCAGGAAAUUAAUGGGCAUACUAAGCGACUUCAGCUUAUCCAUCAUAAGCGACUCACCCUGGCCACUCCAGCUGGUAUUGUUCAGUCUGAGCUGUGUGAGGCCUUGACUGGUCUGAGUCACUCACUCUUCAGAAUCACACACACACUUCAGUCUCCAUCAGAGAUGAAUAGAGAGACCAGCCAGCUUCAUCUGCUCAAUAAUAAGCGUCUGUCAACACAGCUGGCUUCUUUAAGCAGUAUGAUAAGCAGUAUGGGCCCAGAAAUCACUGCCUCUGAGGUCUCAGAUGCAACUUCCUGUCUAGAGCGCGUCAGUAGCUGCAUAUCCUCCAUUCAGAGAGCCUUGUCAUCACAAAUGUUGCUGCUGAGUAGGCAGCUAGGGCAUACUCCACAGCUUCAGAUUGCAGAGCAGCUGCUUGAAAGUCCAGUAUCUGUACUGGAGGCCAAAGGAGCACAGCAUAGUAAAUCAACCAGCUUCAUUCGAGAGCUGUCCAGCCUACAGGGUGUGCAGGGUAAGGUGUGGAGUUCCAUGCGAAAGGACAAGAGGACAGGACAAGAGGUUUCAGCACUACACCGCUGCUAUCAGGCUAAUCUACAGAGCCUGAGGGAUCUGUUGGAGCUGGGCUCCGAGCGACUUCAACACAGCCAGGUCAUGCAUCAGCACAGCUGCAGCCAACUCCAGAGCCUUCUCAGAGGACACAAGAGGUACUUCAUGGAGUUGAGAUGGUACCAUGCGAUGAUCCAGCAUUUAUCCAAGCAGAUACCAGAAGGACCACUGCAAGAUCAAGAAGAAGUUGAGCAGUUGGUGUCAGAGCUGGUUCUGCAGGCUUUAGGACAAGGAGUUCACAUACAGCACAACUUAGAGGAAUGCGCUCGGUUUGAAGAGAUGAGAGUGAAACUGAGGAGGCAGCUGGAAGAGCUGGAGGCAGCAAUGCCCAGUAAUGACCUGAACUCAGAAACUGAAACACACCUACAAGACCGACUGCAGGCUUACCAGCGGCUGCAAAGGCUCCUUGAGGACUACAGGCCCCAGCUGGAGCUGCUGCAAGCCCUGGUUUUGUUUCCUGAGAGAGUGAACCACACUGGUCCAAUUUCAGAGCUUCAGACUAACUGGCUAGCUCUCCACAGACAGCUGGAACAGGAGAUCCAACGCACAAAGGAGAUGCAAGUCAGCUAUGACAGGUUUCAGUGCAGUUCUUCUGAACUAGAAGUGUGGAUGGCUUCUGCACUUGCAAAUGUGCUCAUGUGGAACAAUCUCUGUGAUCCUAAUCCACAGGAUUCAGAAUUUCUUCUACCAAAUAUCAUGAACUUCUUUAAGGAGCUGGAAAGCAGGUCUGUACAGAAGGCCACUGCAGUGAGAGCAGGUACGCAGGUCCUGCAACUGUCAGACACAGAGGCUCCUGAACUACGGCAACAUUUGUUUCAGCUUGAGCAAGACUGGACAGAGCUCACUAAUGCUUCACCCUCUGUUCAGCACACACUGCAGCAGCUGCUAACCGGUAUAGGCCAGAGUGAGGUCAGGGCUUAUCUGUCUGCCUGGCUGGAGAAAAUGAAGAGCAGACUGGAAGAGGAGAGCUCCAGAGAGUAUCAUGUCCAGAAUUCUACCGAACUCACCAUGCUUCUACAGCGUCUGAUGGACUGUAAAGCAGAAAUGACAAGCCGGCAGCCAUGUAUAGACUUCCUCAACCACUCGGUAGAAGAGACAGGCUUUGUGGAUGACGCAGCCAAUCGUAAUCAGCGUUUGACCCUUGCUGAGCAAUUGGGUGCUCUCAAUCUCGAUUGGGUCCUGCUACAGAGAAAGAUUGACAUCAAGAUGCGAGAAAUAGAGCACAAAAAGCAGGACUGUGCACAGAGAGAGGGACGUCUGCAGCGACAUCGCAGUUGGAUCUCAGUGCAGGAAAAGAAGAUGAGAGUGAAUGAGAGGCCAGCUGGCUGGACACAGAUACAGCAAGCUUUAAAGGAUUCUGAGGAGGAGGAGGAAAAGUUCAAUCUAAAAUCCACUGAGCUGCUGCAGUUGAGAACUCUAAACAUGUUAGGGCUGAAGGAUGGACAGCACCCAGGAGAUCAGACAUUCUCCUCGCAGGUGGAGAGCACCAGUGAACAGUGCCAGACUCUAAGGCGACAGAUGAGUGCUGUUCGGGCUGUUCUGGUCAGGCUGAAGGAGCAGUGGGUGCAGUUGGAUUCAGCACUAAGGGAUGCAGCCCUGCACACUGUCAGCAUGACCUAUAAGCUGGAGUGCAGCAAGAUCCCCAUGUUGUCACUCCAGCAGAGCAAAGAACAUGUAGAUCAGCUUCAGGAGCUUCAGACGGAGGGAGAACAAUCAGAGCAGACUUGGACAAACUUGGCCAGUCUGUUUUUAGAACUGAAAGACAAAAUCCACCCUGCUGCUGCUGUACUUCUGUCUAAUGAAUUGGAUAAAGGGAAAGCACGGUGGGCAGCUGUGGUUCAUGACGUCAGUUUGGAGCUGCAGAAGGCGCAAAUGGAGCUGCGUCUCUGGCAGGAAUACAGGCUGCUAUACGAGGGCUGCUCUGAGCAUUUGACCCAUUACUGGGAGCAGUGUGAGGCUUUUCUGAGCCUUCCAAAAAAACAGGAGUAUGACAGAGAGCUGCUUCACAGCAGGAUCAACAACAUCAGCGAGUUUGAGGACAAACUGGAAGCAUUGCGGGCCAAUGUUGGAAAUGUAAUAGAGGCUUCUAAGCUUCUCAUGGUACAGUUAGAGCCCCAGGCAGCCCCUGUGAUCCAAUCAGAGGCCAGGCUUCUCUCACGUGAUCUUGUGCAUCUGAGCCAAGCACUAGUUAAAACACGGGAACAACUCCAGGAGGAGCUGGAAGAUCGUGUCUGUUUCAGUACUGAUUUGGGAUCACUAAUGCAGUGUCUCAAAAGAUCUGAAAGUGUGUUGACCUCCCCCACUUCAAGCAUUGAGCACCUAAAGCUGGCUCUUUUGGAGUUGAGUUCUCUGACCCCUGCCCUCGGAGCUCUGAAUCAGCGGAGCCUCAGAUUAGCACUUACUGCUUCUGAGGCUGAACAGCUGCAGGUCCUCAAUACACACUGGGUACAGGUCUUCACCCAGGCCAUGAACAGGCACAGGGAAAUGUAUAGUGCACAGUUGUGUGAUCAAAGCUUCCAGCAGAAGUACCAAGCUUGGAUGGUUCUACUGGAGAAAUUGGAAUCCGGGCUCUCAAAUGGCAUUUCUGGAAAUGAUUUUUCUGUGAGAGAACAGCUUGCUGUACACCAGAAGCUGAAGAUGGAAGUGCUGAUUGGCCAGCAGCUCCUGGAUGCUGUGGUCAGUGAGGAAUUGGGGCAUUUGGAUGAAAGUCAGGUAGAAGACAGGAAAGAUCAGAGGUUGACCCAGUUGAAGGAGCGAUGGCAGGGAACACUGAGUAGGGUUCAACAGCGUAGCAGGUGCCUAGAGCAGCAAACUGAACAAUGGAGACUGUAUAGGACAGGCCUGAAAAGACUUUGGAGACUUCUGAAGAACUUAGAACCUUUACUGUCACCUGCUGGAUUGGCAUCUUGCCGCUUUCAACAGCUUCAACAGUCCAUUCAGGACUAUGAGAAGGCUCAGGAGAAGCUGAGCGAUCAUGAGGAACUCUACACCCAGACUGUGCAGGUGUACAGGCAGAUCUUACCCCUUGCAGAUGUCCAGACACAAGCUGAGCUGAAGGCCGAAAUUGGGGCUUUGCAGGAAGCCUGGGAGCAAAGUAACGGUCUGGUUGAGAAGAGGAAGGCUCUCUCGGAAACUGUCAUUAAGAGCUGGAGUUGCUGUGAGGAUGGACUUGCUGAUAGCGCACUCCAUCUGAGAGAGAUUGCUGUCAGACUAAAGCAGCUGCCACCAGACAACAUAGAGCUUCAGGAGAAGCUCUUCAAGGAGGACGAGAACUCUUUGGAGCUGUGGGCUGGAGGAUUGAAGAAGCUGGUCGCUAUGAAGACGGAUAUCUCGCAGUAUGUGCUACCCACAGACACGGUGCUUCUCCAGGGACAGUUGGAGGAACUGCACAGCCAGUGGGAAGAACUUUGCCUGAAGGUGUCCAAGCGCAAACAAGAGAUUGCUGACCGCCUGAAUGCAUGGACCAUUUUCAAUGACAAACACAAGGAGCUUUGCGAGUGGUUAGCACAGAUGGAGAGAAAGGUUAUGCACAGCAGUGAUUACUUCAGCAUCGAGGAGAUGGUUGAGAAACUGAAAAAGGACUGCAUGGAGGAGAUUAACCUCUUCAGCGAGAAUAAGAGCCAUCUUAAGCGGCUGGGGGAGCAGCUCCUUUUAGCCAGCGACCAAGCCAAAGAGGCCAACAUCCAUGGCGUACUGCAAGAUGUCAAUGACCGUUGGCAGCAUCUGUUUGACCAGAUUGAAGCCAGAGUGAACAAGCUGAAAGAUACGCUGGCCGCUGUGCAGCAACUAGAUAAGAACAUGAGUAACCUGCGGAGCUGGCUGUCCCGCAUCGAGGCGGAGCUGACCAAGCCUGUACACUACAGCACCUGCAAUGGAGAAGAAAUCCAGAAGAGACUGGAAGAGCAGCAGGAGCUGCAGAAGGACAUUGUGCAGCACACAGAGGGCAUAACAUCUGUCCUCACUUUGUGUGACAUGCUGCUACAUGAUGAGGAUGCCUGUAGCAACAACAGUGAAAAUGAUUCCAUCCAGCAGACCACUCACAGUCUGGACCAGCGCUGGAGAAACAUCUGCUCCAUGUCCUUAGAGAGAAAGAUCAGGAUUGAGGAGACAUGGAGGCUGUGGUGUAAGUUUCAGGACGAUUAUUCGCAAUUUGAAGACUGGCUAAACGUAGCUGAGCAAACUGCUGCUGAACCCGAGUCAUCUGAUGUUCUUUACACCGUGGCUAAAGAGGAGCUCAAGAGAUAUGAGGCAUUCCAGAGAGAGAUACAUGAAAAGCUGGCCCAACUAGAAAUGAUUAAUAGCCAUUACCGACGACUGGCCCGGGAGAACCGCACUGACUCAGCUAACAGGCUGCGAACCAUGGUGCACCAGGGCAACCAGCGCUGGGACUCUCUGCAUAAGAGAGUGGCAGCCAUACUGCGCAGGCUGAGGCACUUUACAGCUCAGAGAGAUGAUUUUGAAGGGACACGGGAGAACCUGCUGGUCUGGCUGACUGAGAUGGACUUGCAACUUACCAAUGUGGAGCACUUCUCAGAGAGCGACAUCGAACACAAGCUGAAAAAGCUCAAAGGUCUCAAGAAGAAGAUAACUCAGAACACAGAUAAGAUCGAUGCUCUGAUUGUGUUUGGCGAGGGUCUGAUUCAGAGAAGUGCUCCCGAGGAUGCUGCACUUAUAGAGGAUGAGCUCGAAAACCUGCAUUCCUACUGCCAGGAAGUGUUCAGCCGAGUGGGCUGCUUCCACCAGCGCCUCACCAGCCCUCAGCAUCUGUUGGACAAACCCGAGCUCUGUAUCAGCGAAAGACCUGCAGGGAUGGAAGAUUCUGAUGUAGCAGAACAAACCCAUGACACAGCCACCAGCCAGGCCUCCAUGUCCCUCCUGGUUGCCCCACAGGAACGGUCAGGCUGCGAGACACCACUGAGUGUCGACUCCAUCCCCCUGGAGUGGGACCACACUGGAGAUGUGGGUGGUUCCUCCUCACAUGAGGAGGAUGAUGAUGCAAGCUUCUUCAGCUGCCUCUCAGGUGUGGAGGUCACAGAGAGCUCUGAGGCUUUUGUAAACUUCACAGUGCAAUCUCUUACAGUGACCUCGGCACCAGGACGAGAUGUGGAAGCUCAGAGCUGGCACUCACAAGCUGUUCCAGAUAAAAUCCUCUUUCCCCUUUCAGAUGCAAAAGAACACACACCUGAUCUUCCUAAGCAUGAAAGCACACCUUAUAAACAAGGCUACGUUCAGCUCACGUCCGAGUGCAGCAGCAGCAUUAAGAAUGUGAAGAAGGUCUCACUCAUCCUGGAUGAUGAUGAACAGCAGGAGGACCAAGGAGGUCUCACCAGCCUCACAGCUGCAGACAAACAGUCAAGAGUGAUCGAGCGCUGGGAGCUCCUCCAGGCGCAGGCAGUAAGAGAAGAGCAGUGCUACAGCAGAGACCGGGAACAGCUGACGUCUGACCUUCACGACAUCACUUCCUGGCUGGGCCAGGUCAUCCCUGAAAUUGAGAAACUCCAAAAUGCAGAGACAGCAUGUGUUAGUGUGCAGAUCAUGGAAGCCAGGGUCAAACAGCUAAAGGACAUGCAGAAGGCUUUUGCACGCUAUAAGACAUUGAUGCUGAGUCUGAACCUAGGUGGGCGGGAGGUGAAGUGUGAAACGGGUCCAGAGGUACAGCAGGUACAGGAAGACUUGUGCAGCAUGAACGAAAGCUGGAACAAGGCCUGCACGAGCCUGGAUGAGUGGGAGGACAAUCUGCGAAAGUCCUUCAUGCAUUGCCAGGAGUUCCAUGAGACAUUGCACUCGCUCUUGCUGUGGCUAGCUCAUGCUGAGAGCAGGAGAUUCACCGUUAACAUCCAUGAUCCGUCUGUACUGCCCUCCGUGCUGCACGAACACAGAACUGCACUGAUGGGUCUGGAAGAGGAUCUGAAGGCCAGGCAGGGGCGAGUGUCAUCUCUGCAGGAGAUCACCAAUGAGCUGCUCCCUGAGUCAGGACCAGAGGACGACUUUGAAGUUACAGAGAAGCUCCACGUCAUCCAUAAGAAAUUACGGCUGCUGCUGCGUCAGGUCAAGCAGGACCUCCAAACUGUUCAAGAGCGCUUGGACUCCUCUGAGGCAUUGGCUGCAAGUGAAGGACAAGAUCCUGGAUCUUCCUCUACGGAGCUAACAGCAAGCAGAUCAUCCGGUUCCACCAGGACACAGAAUAGGGAUUCAUCCCCGCCGCGUUCAUUCUUCUACCGGGUCCUGCGAGCUGCCUUCCCGCUCCACGUCCUCUUCCUCCUGCUGCUGGUUUUCGCCUGCCUGGUACCACUGUCCGAAGAAGACUACAGCUGUACUCUAUCUAACAACUUUGCAAGAUCGUUCUAUCCUAUGCUGCGCUACACUAAUGGACCUCCUCCAACUUAAUACACUCGCGCGCACACAUAAAUACUGACCAACUGGUCUGCUUCCAAAGGUGACUCUAGAAGCACUCGGUGUGGGAGAUCAUACUGCUACUGUCCAAAAUGUUUUAAUACGUGUAUUUAUAAAAUUUAUUUUAUUCACCCUAAGAAAAGCCAUACUACUGAGAACGUUUUAAAAGAUAAAUCAAUUCCUAAUUACUAUUACACUGUAUGUAUGUUCUUUUACUAAUGCGACUGUGGGAAUGUUAAGGCACAUAUUUAUCAUCCUAACAGAACCCCGUUGAUACAUUUGGCUUACAAUCACUUUUCAGGCUUUUAAGUUUCCCUGAACGGAGAAAAAACAUUGUAACCAGUUGGGUAUUCCAUCUUAAACGUAGAUAGAUAGAGAAGGCCUGGCCGAUAGAUAGAGAGAAUGGUGACUGAUGAUACCAUGUAUAACUGUAUAAUUGUGUUUUAUGCUAAACAGUAUGUUUUCUUCACAGAACAAGCAUGUUUAAAUGUAAUAUCCAUAUUCCUCAUUUGUGUGUAUUUUGUUACGGAAUCAUUUUUAGGGGCACCUAAGCUUAUUUUUUUACUUUAUUAUGCCAUGAAAUGCUACAGUACAAAAAGCUAUCAUUUGUAUAUUUGUUGCUCCAAGCUUUAUUUUUAAUUUGCAUUAGCAUAAAUAGACUGUCGAUCAUUAAGAACAUUAAGUUCACUGUACCAGGCAUUGACUCCAAGAACUUAUUCAUGUGCACUGCAAUUCAAUUCUGAACUUCUAAAGUUCUUGCUUAUUUCAUGUUAUUCGGUAAUAAAUAUUAUCUCGCACAACCAAAAUGUGAACGGUUAUCUUUUAUGUCAAUUUAUCCAUUAUUAUGCCAACUCCAGAAUUAUUGGUACCCUACAAGAGAAUGGGCAACAAUGAUUGUAAAAAAUUUUUAGCUACAUGAUGAUCAAUAUAAUGCAAAAACACAAAAUUAUUGAUUUCCCUAAACAUUAUUUAAAUGGACGCAUGCAAAAUGUCAUCAGUAAAAAAAAAAAAUUAAUUGUUCUCAGUAUUCAGAAACUAAAUAAGAUGACCAAGUAAGGUUGAGUUUUUUUUGUUUGUUAGUUGUUUUUGUUUUUUUUGGGGGGGGGGAUACUCCGUUUUAUUUUUUUACAUUUUGCUUAAAUCCACAAUAUUUGUUCAUCUUCAGGAACGGCACCAAUAAUUCUGCACGCGCGCACACACACACACACACACACCAACCAUGCAUUUAAAAGAAUGCCAAAAAAAUGCUCUUCAUGAACAAGUUUAUAACAAGAUUUGUAACUGAUACAUAGCAGUGCACUGAUGCUACUGAACAACAGUUGUAACACCUCUAUUUACUGGCGACGUACGAUCACCAAAUUACAAUAGAAAAUGAUUACAGACACUAAUGUGAAGAUGAAAACACAUCAUUCAUUUGAUUCUUAUAAGGAUACACAUCUGGUAUGUGAUCCUGUAACAGUUUACAUAAUCGUGUCUCCAGUUCAGUUCAAUAAAAAUCCAUGUUUGGCUACAAAAUAAUGCAGUAAAUCAAAGCAGAUUUCAAACCAUGACAUGUGAUACUGAAUUUACAUAUCUAUAUAACAUGGCAACUAUAGCCAUCUAAAUACUACUACAUUAUGUUAAUUCUAAUGAUAAUUGGCAUUUGAAGCUGUCAUACUUUGUUCAAAACGUGUGCUGGUGCUGUUGAUAAAAACACUGAAGCUACAGCAGGAAUUAAGUAUAGGAGAAAAGUGUUUUUUUUUUUUUUUUUUAAAUAUAAAAAAAGUGUUGCAAAAUGUUUGCAAUGUCUGUACAGUCACCUUAGGUGAACAUUACAGUGUUUUGCUUUCAAAAUUGCUGCAUGAUUUUACCUUGAAUAAUGUACAAGUGUAUUCAUUUCUUUUGGUUUGUAAUGUCAGCCAUCAGUGUUUUGGUGCACAUCAGCUGAAAAGAGUGUUGCAGGAUCACUUUACAAACCAAAGUUAGCCUAGAAAAUUGGAAAAAAUAUUUUGAACGUAAAUGCUUUGGAGCUAGAAGCUGCCUAUAAUCAAGCACUGGGAAGCCAUGUGCUAGACUGUUAUCAAUAAAUCUGGCUUUAUAUAUACAUUCACAAGUGCAAAUGUAAUUGUGUAAACUGUGGCAGUGCAUUUCAUCGUAUCACUGGUUGCAGUGUUUUAGCGCUUGUCUUACUACCUGAACUUGUCUUUUUGGCUAAGAAAGUUUGGUCAUUAGUAAAUAUGAAACCAGCUGUCCUGAAUUAAGUUGACG